GGAAUCACACCAGUACAUGAAAUGCUGCGGUGUAUCGUGUGCACGAAAAAAUAGUUUUGUAAGGAACAAACUCCAAAUCUUAAGGGCUUGCUGGAUAAGGAUGGGGAUCGAAACAAAAAGUCUUAUGAGGGAUUACUCCUGGAUUGUUUUUUAUUUAGCUCUACUGCUGUUAUUCGGACGGCCGGUUUCGGCUCAGAUAAGAUAUUCUGUUCCAGAGGAGGUAAAAGACGGAACUGUUGUUGGAAAUGUUGCAAAGGAUCUUGGUCUUGACAUCGGCUCUUUGAGUGAUCGACGGUUUCGUGUUGUAUCUGGAACUAAGGACGCAAUUUUCGAGGUAAAUCCAGAUGAUGGGGCAUUGUACGUUCAUAACCAUAUUGACAGAGAGGAGCUGUGCCAGGGAAGCGGUACAUGUCUAAUGGAACUGAAAAUUCUCGUCGAAAACCCGUUAGAAAUACAUUAUGUAGUUGUAGAAAUCACUGAUGUAAAUGAUCACUCUCCUAGUUUUGCUAAGAAUGACCAAACCUUUGAAAUAGCGGAGCACACACUGCCGGGAAGACGGUUUCAGUUGCACUCUGCUCGUGAUCCAGAUGCAGGAAUAAACUCUAUCCGGACAUACACGUUGACCUCAAACGAACAUUUUGAAAUAAAUAUUCGACAAACCGAUGCAGAUAAAAUACCAUUUUUAGUGUUAAAGAAAUCAUUAGACAGAGAACGAAAAAGUAAAUUAAAUCUCUUGGUAACAGCACUUGAUGGAGGUAAACCUCAAAGAUCUGGAACAUUAAAUGUUUCAAUACUUGUUCUUGAUAUUAAUGAUAAUCGGCCGGUUUUCAGUCAGGAUGUUUAUGAAAUUACAAUUAAAGAAAAUGUUCCUGUAGGAACUUCGAUAUUUAAAAUCAAUGCAAGUGAUCCAGAUGAAGGAAUAAAUGGAGAAAUUGAAUACAACCUAGGACAAACGUUGAAGCAGAAAGUCUAUGAUAUUUACAAAGUGGAAAAAUUAACUGGAGAAAUUUUGGUGAAAGGAAAUGUAGAUUAUGAAGAAAACGAUAUUUAUGAACUGGAUAUUGAGGCAUCAGAUAAAGGAACACCUCCAAUGACGGGUGAAUGUAGGGUUAUUAUAAAAAUAAUAGAUGUCAAUGAUAAUGCACCAGAAAUAGAAGUCACUUCACUGUCUAAUACAGUAUCUGAAGAUUCAAAGCCUGGUACAGUUACGUCUUUAAUUAGUGUCACGGAUAAAGAUUCUGGUGUUAAUGGUAAAAUAAUUGUACAAAUAACUAAUGACGUACCUUUUGAGUUAAAGCCCUCCUAUAAGGAGAACACAUAUUCAAUAGUCACUAAGGGAUUACUGGAUCGAGAAAAAGUGUCAUUUUAUGAAAUAACAAUAAAAGCUACAGAUUGUGGUGAGCCUCCAUUAUCAACUUUUAAGACCCUCAGUAUUCAGAUAUCAGAUGUAAAUGACAACAGUCCUCGUUUCCAACAAAGUCCUUUAGAGUUUUAUCUGACUGAAAACAACGUUGCUGGUCAGUCAAUACUCUCUGUAAGCGCAACAGAUGAUGAUUUGGACAAUAAUGCAGUGAUUUCCUAUCAUAUAGCGAGGGACGGAAGUCAAAACGAUAUUAUGUCUUUCCUAAAUAUUAACUCUGAUAAUGGACACAUCACAGCUCUGAAAAGUUUCGACUUUGAAACUCUGAAAAAAUUUCAGUUCCAAGUUGUCGCCACAGAUUCUGGAACUCCGUCACUGAGCAACAACGUGACAGUGAACGUGUUCAUUCUGGAUCAAAACGACAACGCUCCAGUCAUUCUAUAUCCACUCAGCUCCAACGGUUCUGCUGAAGGUGUGGAGGAGAUUCCACGGAAUGUCAACGCAGGACACUUGGUGACUAAAGUCAGAGCCUAUGAUGCUGAUAUAGGAUAUAACGGCUGGUUACUGUUUUCACUGCAGGAAGUUACUGACCACAGUCUGUUUGGUUUGGACCGCUACACAGGACAGAUCAGAACACUUCGCUCAUUCACAGAGACAGACGAGGCUGAGCACAAACUGGUCAUACUGGUCAAAGACAAUGGGAACGUUUCAUUGUCAGCAACAGUUACUGUGGUUGUCAAAGUUGUGGAGCCAAAGGAGGCUUUUGCAGCUUCUGAUGUGAAAAGUCCAGCAAAGGAUGACGACAGUAAUGUGACUUUUUAUCUGAUGAUAACUUUGGGUUCAGUUUCAGCACUUUUUAUCAUCAGUAUCAUUGUGCUGAUUGCAAUGCAGUGCUCCAAAACCCCAGACUAUACAUCUAAAUAUUUAGAGGAUAAAAAUUAUGAUGGGACACUGUGUCACAGCAUCCAGUACAGAUCUGGAGACAAACGGUACAUGUUGGUUGGACCCAGAAUGAGUAUAGGAUCUACUAUAGUCCCUGGAAGUAAUGCAAAUACUCUGGUUCUACCUGACAGGAGAAAAGCAUCUGGAGAGGUAAGACUGAAAACAAAUACUUUGUCUACUGUGUCUAAAAACAUUGAAACCCUUGUUUAUUUUGUCCUAUGUCUAAAAAAAACACGUUGGUAA